AUGACAGAGCAUAGUCAUCCGAGUACUGCUGAUCAGUCAGCUCAUCCUCCUAGUCAUCCCUCUGGAUCCUUCUCCAAGAAGAAGGCUCCAACUGUUUCGGGCAACAACGCAAUCCAUCCAAAAGCCAAUGUUUACAAAAAAAGAGGCCUGUACUCCAGCAAUUCGGUGGUUCCGGUGAGUGACUCCUUUGAUGAUGUUAACUCUUCACAAUUCAAAGAAGGCACCUUUGGGAAUGAACAAGAUCAUUCCUUUUUCGAGGACAAGAUUCAACAAUUUUUCAUGUUCAUCAAUGCGUUGAAAUUGGAACGUUCCAUUCAUCCUCUGUUGUGUUUGAGUCUUCAUUUGAUGAUGAUUUAUCAAACACUUUCAUUGGGAAUUUCCGUUGACGAUGGUUGGGGCGAAUAUGGAAGAUAUAUUGUGCAUGCUCUUGUUGCUCCGAGAACGUUUGGGUUUCAAUUUUUGCCAUAUAAUGGUUUUGUUGCAUUGUUCGCAAUUAUGUGCUUGGUUGAAUGUAUCGGAAUGAUCAUCAUCUUCUUCACUUAUCGAUCUCUAAUUUAUGGUAGCAAAUAUUGGAAAAAAAUUCGAACUGCUGGUAGAAGUGUUUUUGCCAUCAUGACAUUCCUUUCAUUGCCAAUGACAUUUGCUUUAAUGCAAGGAUUUUGGGGCUGUGAUUAUUCAAAAACAGUUGAAAUUCAGAAAGGUGUCCAAAUAUUUGUACUUUCCAGCUUUCCAACUGAAGCAUGUUGGGGAACCAUGAAUGCCGUUUUUUCCAUUCUUUCUCUUAUAUUGGUGCUCAUUCAAGUGGUGAUCACAAUGGGAACCGUCAUGAUUUUUUGUGACACUUUCAUUACAUCUAAAGCAAAAUUCUUAUUAUUGGAUCCAUUUCUCAUUUCAUAUGUGAUUGGCUCGAAUCAGCUUUAUUUAAUCAUCUCCAUCGUGACACCAAAAUUUGUUAGCUUUUUAAGGCCCAUUUAUUUUGCAAUAUUUUCUCUUGGAUUUGUAAUCCUUUUAUUCCGUAAUUUACCAUUUGUGAGAAGAAGAGCCAAUUCUGUGUAUGGUGGUGUUGGGUUUGCGAGAAUUGGAGUUGCUGUUGCGUCGUUAAUUGCCUCACUGGUAAAUGCUAGCGAUUCAUGGGAUCUUGGGCUUGGACUUGCAUUUUGCCCUCCUGUACUAGCCUUGAUAGGCUUUGUUAUUGGAUUUUUGGUGACAGAUUUCUACACGAAAUAUCUUUUCAACAGAGGUCAUGAAAUGGUAAAGCUUGCCCUCACACACGACACACGAAUUCAUAAUCGAGACUUUAAAGCAGUGUGUGCCUUUCUGCAAUUUUCAAUGAAAGGUAUUAAUGAACACAAACGAUUGGUUUCAGAUUUUAUUGAAACAUCUCAACAUGCAGAUUGGCUAGAUGCUCAUAUGAAAGUUCUUUUUUCUCUUUUUUUUGAAAGAUGUUUCACAUUCUCCUCAUUACUUCAUUUCUCUACAACUUCUUAA